CAGCAUGUUGUUGUUGUGUGUGGCAGCAUGAGGUUGUUGAUCAUUGCAGCUGCCUCUCUGGCAGUGGUGAGCUGUGCCAGCCUCUCUCUGGAGGACCUGGAGUUCCACGCAUGGAAACUCAAGUUUGAGAAAUCCUAUAGCUCACUUGAGGAGGAGGCCCAUCGUAAAAACAUCUGGAUCUCCACCCGCCUCAGGGUCCUGGACCACAACAUCCUGGCUGAUCAGGGCAUCAAGACCUAUCGCAUGGGCAUGAACCAGUUCUCUGACAUGGUAGGAGGGUCUAGUUGUCACAGAGUAACUCAUGACAGAAUAUCUAGGUGUGUUCAGUAUGGCACAAUAUCCUCCAAACCUAAAGGGGGCGCUGCUAAGCUGCCUGACUCUUUGAACUGGAGGGAUAAUGACUGUGUUACACCUGUCAAAGACAUGGGGCUGUGGUGUUCAUCCAGCUGGGCCUUCAGCAUGACAGGUGCACUGGAGUCCCACACCUGCAUAAACUAUGGGCACCUGCCCUCUCUGAGUGAACAGCAGCUGGUGGACUGCUCUGGGUCCUAUGGAAACAAAGGCUGCGAUGGAGGUCGGAUCGAUCCAUCAUUUCAGUAUGUCAUUGAUAACAGGGGGAUAGACACAGAGGCCUAUUACCCCUAUGAGGGAAAGGAUGGAUCCUGUCGCUUCAAUCCCUCUGGUGUUGGUGCCACCUGCAGUGGAUAUUCUGAUGUGACGCCCAGUGGUGAUGAAUCUGCACUCCAGUGGUUCGUGGCCAAUAUGGGACCCGUGUCUGUGACCAUCGAUGUUGGAUCCCUGUUCCUGUUCUAUGAAUCUGGUGUCUUCUCUGACCCUGACUGCAGUAGCAGUAAAUACCAUGCUGCUUUCUUGGUGGUGGGCUAUGGAACUGAAGGUGGUCGAGACUACUGGUUGGUGAAGAGCAGCUUGGGCGUUUUUUGGGGAGAGGAAGGCUACAUCAAGAUGUCCCGGAAUCAGGGCAAUCAGUGUGGCAGUGUGCGUCUCAUGCCUCUUAUCCUACAGUCUGAUGGUGAGCUGGUGACAAGUACUGUAUGACUCAUAUUAUAUCUA